AGCAGAUCAGAAGUGUGUCUCACCUUUCCAGUCAAGAGAGAAGGAAAAAAGAAAAGAAAAGAAAAGGGAUAAGCAAGAUAGAGAGGUCCCGUCGAGAGAAUCGGUGAACAACACAUCGACAUGCUCCAUCGUUUGUUCCCUUCUCCGCCAUAGCCCCUAUAUUUCCACCUUUGCACUUCACGUCUCCCAACACACCAUCACCACACCCUCGCACGCUGCUACUUGUAUAGUCAGAGGAGGCGGCAACGACGACGACGACGUGAACGACGCGGACAAUCGUGGCCAAGGCGCCGACUGGGGGGCCCAUGUCCGACUUUCUCCCCACGCAGGAGCCAGGCCCGGGGCCGACGGACGCACCGCUGCCCACCUACUUGUCCUACUCGGCCUACACGACGUCGGUGCACGGCUACACGACGACGCGGACGCGCAUCGCCUAUGAUCCCCAGGGCACCGCUGCGCCGUCCGAGGUCGUGCAGGUGCUGACGGGCGAGACGACGAGCGUGGGCUACAGCGUCGUCAAUGUGCCGCUCCUCUACACGGGGCCGUUUCCCGCGCCCGACUUGGGCACCCUCUUUACGACGGCGGGCCAGCCGCAAAGCACCGCGCCGCCUGCUGCUUCGCCGACGGCCACCGCCACGGGCGGCCAAUCUUCGGGGAGCAGCAACGGGUCCAACUCCAACUCUAAUGCUGGCUCCAACUCGCCGGCGCCCACGGGCUCGGGUUCGGGCUCGGACUCGGGCUCCGGCAAUGCUGGCGCUUCGUCCGGCGCAGCAGGAUCAGGAUCGGGGGGAGAUAGCGCAGGGACUGGAGCGGGGACGGGAGCAGGGAAUGGAGGAGCAUCAGCGACGGGAUCAGGAUCAGGGACAGGGACAGGGACAGGGACAGGAUCAGGGAGUGGCUCGGCCUCGGGCGCACCGGCACCAACGGCGUCGGCAUCGGGCUCUAAUGCGGCCUCGUCUUCGCUUUCGGCAGCUGCCGCCUCAGCCUCGGCUGCUUCGGUCUCUGCGUCAAACAUGAGCACGGCGAACCCGUCUGACACGGCUGCAGCGAGCCUGUCUGCGUCUGCAUCUAGUCUGUCGGCCUCGGCUUCGUCUGCCUCUGCAUCUCUGGCCAGCAGCACCGCCAGUAGCACCGCGAGCUCGUCUUCGGUCAGCAGCAGCAACACUUCCACAUCAUCAACCGCAGCGCCCACCAGCAGCACGACAAACCCCAGCGGCGGCGGCGGUGGCGGCGGCGCACGGGCGUCGUCGGGCCUCACUGGCGGGCAGAUUGCAGGCAUCGUCAUCGGAUCCGUGCUGGGCGCGCUUUUGCUCCUCCUUCUCCUUGCACUGCUGCUCGCUCGCAGGCGGAGAAGAAACAACCAGCGCAUGGCUGCACAGGGAGCAGGUGCAGGUGCAGGUGCGGGCGCAGGUGCUGGCUCGUCGAUGCGCAAGAGGGCCAGCCAGCGAUGGGCGUCGGGCUUCUCGCGCGGAGGAAGUCGACGGGGCCAGUACGCGGCACUGGCAGCAGCGGGCGCAGGGGCAGGUGCAGCAGGCGCGGCCGCCGCUGCUGGUGCUGGUGCGCGGAGGGGCAGUAUGCGCAGCGACGAGUGGGAGGAGGACCACCUGAGCGGCGGCAAUGGCAGCGGCUUCUUUGUCGUCGGUGGACGAAGGAGGCAGGACUCGACGAGCUUGCCCGGAAACCGAAGGAGCCUGAAUGCAAGUGGACCCGAGCCGGCGUCGCCGAUGCGGUCCAUGCGCAACUUGGCUGCUUCGGGGCCUUCGGGCGGAGACGGCGCCACGAGUGGCGCGCGAGGAAAGAAGGGCGUCGCGGCCGCCGCGGCUGCCGGUCUCGCAGGGUUAGGCGCAGGCAUCGCAGGCGCCUUUGGAAGGAGACGGUCGUCGGGCAGGAGCCAAGGGCAUGAGCCCGUCGCUGCUUCGGCGAGACAGGCAGAUGACAACGACGACGAUGACCUGGACGCAGAUGGCGACGACGACCAAGCCCUGUCUGCAGGCAACGACGACGAUGUCGGCGGCCGGGGCGAGCGACGGGGCCUGAUGGACUUUGCAGACGACUCGCACAUGGGCGACGUCAGCGAGAUGUCGCAGACUGGGCCCAGCCCAUGGGCGCCAGCUGCGGCAGGCUUGGGUGCAGGUGCAGCUGGCAUCGGCGCGGCUGCCAUGUAUGCGGGCUGGACGCGCCACUCGGACGACGAGGCCGAUGGUGAAAGAGACGCUGGCGCAGGCGAUCAAGAUCUCGGCAGCCCGUCCAUGGCCCGACAAAGAGGAAUGACGCCCUCGGACUCGGGCGGAUCCCACUCAGGUGGUCAAAGAGCCGGUCUGGCGGGGAUGGCCGCUGCGGGGGCACUGGCAGGAGCCGCCGCGGCUGAAGGCGCCUCGCCACGGCGCAGUCACCGUCGCAACGUCAGCAGCCUCACGGCCGACCCCGGCUAUGCUUCGGCUGCCACGACGUCUGCCUCGGUCGCCCACUCGGGCUCCGGCUCCCACUCGGGCACUGGCUCCCGUUCGGGAACUGCAUUGGGCUCCCGCAGUGACAUCCACGCGCCCUCUGGUUCUGGUUCUGGUUCUGGUUCUGGCUCGGGCGCUGGCUCUGGCGCUGGCUCUGGCGCUGGCUCUGGGUCACGCUCCGGGCUUGGGUCCAGUGGCAAUGCGAGCAGCAACUCGACAGGCGCCAGAACAGACCCCACGGCGUCGCCGAGCACCGUGACGAGCCUGCCGCCACCGCCGAGGGCGCCCCGUGGCGAGCGAGCGAUGCACACGUACGGCAACGUGGGCCCCUCUGGCAGCGCGGCCGACCGGCAGACUCGCAUCCCCAGCUUCACGGGUGGCUUUGGCGACGGCGACCUCGGUCUCGCCGAUGCGGCCCAUGCGUCGGAAGACCGACACGGGCGCGGCCUCGGCUUCGACGAGGCGCUCCUGGGAGCAGGGGCCGCUGGCGCCGGUCUCUCGGCCCUGGCAGCUGGGCAUCGCGAGAGCGACGGCAGCACCUACUCGCAGGCGGCGAGGUAUCCCUCUGGUGGCGUCGCUGGGGAACGAACGUCGGGCAGUGGCGCGACGGACUCAGAUCCCGAGCGCGAUCGGCACAGCCGCUUCAUCAGCACUGGCACCAACCUCUUGGGCCCAGGCGCCCAGGCUCAGCAGCAGCAGCAGCAGCAGCAGCAGCAAGGACCGCAGCAGCAGAGGCUUCGACAAGAAGAAGAGUCGGGCCAGUCGACGUUUGGGUCGGGCACAAAGGGCCAGCAUGCCGGUCGACUGCCGACGAUUCGAAGCGUGGGCGAAUUUGGCGAAUCGUCGUCGAUGGGCCGCGGUACGGCGGCGUCAUACUCGGGCAGCGGGUCUGGCAGUGGGUCAGGCAGCGGCUCCCGGCGAUCUGGCUUUGGGUUCGCAUCGAGCUCAGCGCCCAUCUAUGAAGAUAUGCCAGGUGGGGGGCAGGGCGCGGCGACGAGCCAGGGGCAACCGGGCUCGCCGAGGGGAACGCUGGGUGAGCGGCUCGACGUCGACUCGGGCGAGCCACUGGAGAAUCCAUUCGAGCGAUCGCACGACGACAAGAGCGACGAGGACGACGAGCAGAGGCACAGUGCUGCCGAAGCAGCAGGCGCCACGGCCGCUGGCGUCGGCCUCUUUGGAGGACUGGCGGCUGGCUGGAGGCGCCUGACGGGCGGCCGCGGUGGCGAUCACGGUGACGGCACCGCCGACGACAACGACGAGGACGAACCUCGCGCAGAGAGGGAGCCAGAGCAGCAGAGCCAUCUUGCGCGGCACGACCCGGCCCUCCGCAGCGAUCCAGGCCUGGCAGCAGAGGUGCAGAGCCAGAGGGCGAGCGUGCUCGAGGGCGGCAGCAACGUGGGCCAUCUCACGCAGAGCGCGCCUGCUUCCCAGUCGCCCUCGAUCCGCCAGCACUCGAGCCGCGAACACUCGGGUGGCUCGGGCGAGUCGAGCAACCGCUCGCAGCGAGAGCCCGCGUCGGGUGCACUUCACGAAGAAGAGGAAGAAGAGGGACAAGAGCAGCAGCAGCAGCAGCAGCAGCAGUCACAGCAACAUGAUGAAGAGGAAGGAUACGCGGCCAGCGUGUCCAACGUCUCUGGCAACAAUAAUCGCUCCAACUCGAGGCGGUCUGGCCUGACGACGACGACGACGGCAUCGAGGAGCACCAACUUGGACAGCCUCAGCAACCGCACCCACGCCACCUCGAGUGGCGACCCCAGCGGCAGCAGCCAGUCGAGGUCUGGCCAAUCGAGCUCGGGCUACAGUGGGUCGAGGCGCAACCUGAGUGAGGGCGACAGCAGCGGGGCAGCCAGCUACAGCCCGAGCUACCUUGGACGUGGUGCAAGCACGGCCAGCUCACGAGGAGGCGCAGCGAGCAGCAGUGUUGCCAGCGCCAGCACUCGAGGCCUCGGACGAGGUGGAUCGUCGAGACGGACAGCAUCCAUGCUCGACGACGAGGAAGGCUGGGACAGCGAGGGGGGAAGCAGUCGGGCGACGGCGGGAGGCAACAGCAGCAUUCAGCACGGCCAGCCGUCGCAGCGUCGGCGCAGGAGUAACAGCCUCGAUGGGGGCGCGCGACUAGGCACCGUGGGAGAAGGCGACGAAGGGCCCUUUGACGAUCGCUACGCGCCUCCGGCGCCCUACGGCCACUACCCCAGCGCCUCGGUGGGCGCAGCUGCGAUGCGCCAGGCCUACCUCGAGGGAACCGGAGGCAGCCCAACGCGCUCGCGAGCAGAUACCAACACGUCCAGCGGCGCAACCCCGCGGGCACUCCCGCGAAGUCUGCAACCCGGGCAAGGCUCAGUCGCGUCACCCUCGCUCGUCACAUCUACUUCGACGCCCUCGAUGAGGGAGCUGGCAGGACUCCCUCGGGAGGGCCACGGACAUGCUUCUUCUUCUUCUUCAGCAGAGUGGAGGCAGUCGCCGAGAGUCGCAUCAGCGUCAAUGAGGGCCCAUGAGGCCGCUGCUCACCUCGCGGCUGCCAGGGGUCCACAGCAGCAGCAGCAGCAGCAACAACAACAGCCACACCAGUGGAGGCCCCUCGAGCAGACAUUCCAGCAGCCUCAGACCAACAGUCCAAGAAGAAGCAGGCUGCGGGACGCAGAACAGCAGGCCGAAGCGGAGCCGCCGGCCGAAGAGGACGACAACAGCAACGCGAGGGGCAUCUGGCCCCGAUUCUUGCGAUUCUAGAGACUUCAUCCCCUAGGUACUCGAUUCCUUGUCUAAAACUCAACUCGUUUUGACUUCGAUUGUGCGAUGUAAAUGUGCUUAUAUCUUUUGUUGUAUUGCAAGCAAGGCCUUGUGUGACUCUCUGAU